AUGACUAUCAAUGUCAUUCUCGGGGCCCAAUGGGGUGACGAAGGCAAGGGAAAGCUGGUUGAUAUCCAGGCCCGGGAGGCGCACCUCUGUUGCCGAGCUGCUGGCGGAUCCAACGCAGGUCACUUGAUCAAGGUGGAUGGAGUCUCCUACAGCUUCCACCUCUUGCCCUCCGGCCUCAUGAAUCCGCGGUGCAUGAACUUCAUCGGCUCCGGUGUGGUCUUUCACAUCCCAACCUUCUUCAGCGAGCUCAAGGAGCUUGAAGAGAAGGGCCUGACCGCGGUGCAUGAUCGAAUCCUUGUUUCUGACAGGGUCAAUGUCCUCUUGGACAUGCACAUGGCAGUCGAUGGUCUCGAGGAGCAGGAGCUCGGAGACGCAGCCAUCGGAACAACAAGACGCGGCAUUGGUCCAUGCUACCAAACAAGCAGGGCGCGUAACGGCAUCAAACUAACUGACAUCUUCCAUCCUGAACUUUUCGAGAAGAAGGUGCAGCGCCUCGCUGAUGGUUACCAAAAGCGCUUUGGAGAUCUAUUCAAGUACGACAUCAAAGCCGAGCUUGCUCGUUUUGAAGAAUACAGGGAGACGAUGAGGAAAUACGUCGUGGACGGCGUGGCCUUCAUGACAUCCGCGCAACAGAGCGACACCAAGAUUGUGGUCGAAGGCGCAAACGCACUCAUGCUCGAUGUCGAUUAUGGCUCGUACCCAUUCGUUACUUCGUCAAGUACCACGCUUGCUGGCAUCAUUGGUGGACUUACCCUGAACCCGAAGAACAUUACAGAGACGGUCGGAGUCGUCAAGGCUUACACUACCCGUGUCGGUUGGGGCGCCUUCAAGACUGAAGAUACGGAAGAGGCACGUCGACUGGCCGCAGACGCCGAUGCGGAUGAUCUUGUUGUUGUCAAGUACAGCAACUCCAUCAACUACUACACCAGCCUGAACCUGACAAAGCUCGACGUUUUGGACACAUUCGAGACGAUCAAGAUCGCGAUCGCCUACAAGGAAUUGGACUCUUACCCUGCGGAUCUUGAGAUCUUGGAACGAGCCGAGGUGGUUUACCAUGAGAUGCCGGGGUGGCAGACACCGACUACCAACGCGAAGACCUACGUCGAUCUGCCCAAGAAGGCUCGCGACUACGUGGAGUACAUCGAGAAGUUUGUGGGCGUCGAGAUCAAGUACAUUGGCACUGGUCCCGAGCGUGAGGCCAUGAUCCGGCGCUCCUGA